UGUGCCACUUUCAGGUCUCCUCACACUGCUGGUGUGUUCCAUUUUUGUCAUAGGGUGCUGGCAGAUUACGGGCCUCCCAUAGCUGCUGCCAGGCCCCUAAUCUGCCAUGGGCCCCUAUACCGCCUCCUCAUGCUGCUGCCAAGUCCAGAGUCUCUCAUGGGUCCCUGUACGGCCUCCCAUUGCUGCUGUCUCCAUCGCCACACUCUGCCAUGUGCCACUUUCAGGUCUCCUCACACUCCUGCUGGUUUCCAUUUUGUCAUAGGGUGCUGUAUGGCCUCCCAUUGCUGCUGCCUCCACCGCCACACUGUGGCUCCACACUCUGGUUUUGGCCCCGUGACUGGCCAAAUGAGUGAAGUGUGCGGUGAUUCUAAGAUCGACGGCACUCAUCUGCAUGUCAUACUG